AUGUCUUUCGGUUGGUCAGCGGGCGAUAUCGCCGCCGCUACCAAGCUCUUGCUUCAGGUGGCCCAGGCCCUCAACGAUAUCGAUGGUGCCAAAUCACAGUAUCAACAAGACGCCUCAUACUUGAAAGAGCUUGCGAAUGUUCUUCAAGUCCUCAUAGGCGUAAAAACCGACAGCGAUGAAAUAUCUCACAUCACGGCGCUUCGGGAUUCAAUUGACCGGUUCCAAGAACGACUUCAUCACAACUUCGAGAAGCACCUAGGGAAUAGUCCCAAGAAAGAUUGGUGGGCAGAGCUGGUGAAAGUUCCCCGGAAAGUUCAAUAUGGUCUUUUUAUUCAUAAAGAGGUGGACGAGCUUCGAAGACAGAUCGACGUUCCUCUCAAAUCUAUUAUCAUCCGCCUAGGAAUCCAAAGUUACGAAAUUUCUCGCGACAUUCAGCGAGACGGUCAAAGUCAGAAGGCUCUCCUCAAAGGCCUGGCUAACAGCUUGGAUGAUUUACACCAGGGCUUUACCAACUUUUCGAAGCCCCCAGAUCCGACUCAGACCGCACGAAUGUUCACUGAGGUGACAAAUUGGUUGAGGCCGCUUGCAUUUGAUGAUGUUUAUGAUCGAUAUCUCUCGAGUCUUGCUCCGGGAUCCUGCCAGUGGAUGAUAAACAAAGACCAGUUUCAAGACUGGAUGGUAGCCCCGAAGAUCAACCAGCGGUACCCACUCCUUUGGAUCACCGGGCCUGCGGGCUCAGGGAAGACACGUUUGGCAACCAAAGCAAUUCAAACUCUCCGAGGUAAUCGGCAAACGGCGUUCUUCUAUUGCGAUGCACAGGAUUCAAAGAAGCGGAGUGUCAUCAGUAUUCUCAGAAACUGGUGCUGGCAGCUUCUCUUCCAAGAUCAUUCUCGCUUACCUGAAGUGAAUCAAGUGACAUUCAAACACCAAAUUGCGAGCCAAACGGCCCUGGAGGGAGUUUUAAAGACGCUCUUGAAAGGGGCUGCUGAUCCUGUGUUGGUGAUAGAUGCAUUUGAUGAAUGUGAGACUAGGGAGCAAUCUGAGUUUUAUCGUAAGCUUUCUAGCAUCUCGGAGCUAGCAAGGAUUUUGGUAUUCAGCAGGCCGCUAGAAGACAGCUUCUUCAAACUCCAAAAAGCGGCUCCUGAUAAUCUUACCCUGUUGAAGAUCUCAGAGAGCGAUACUUUAUCAGAUAUUAACCACUACAUCGAGAAUGAAGUGGCCGAGCUGGGCGUUGAAGACGACGAUAUCGCGGCCAAGAUUGUCUCAACGCUACAGUCCAAUGCAAAGGGGAUGUUUCUGUGGGUUGCACUUAUGAUCAACGAACUUGAAAAGCCUCGGUUCGAUGAGCUGGAAUAUCUCGAUACUAUGGCGCAUCUUCCAAAGGACCUUGACGAUCUCUACGGUCGUAUCCUGGAAAACCUGUCCCAUUCGCCCCAGAACAGAGCUCUGUCGAGGAAAAUACUGCAGUGGAUACUGUUUUCCAGCAGGCCUCUCAGCCUUCAAGAGGUUGGUGCUGCAAUGAUGAUUACGCCUGGGGAGCAGCGGCUUAGGAAGGCAUCCAUCUCAGAAGAGCGAGUUCAGAAGACAAUUGUUCAGCACUGUGGAUCUUUGGUCACAAUCCACCAAUCAAAUGACGGAGAGAGCAUAGUAACACUCGUUCAUUAUUCCCUCAAGGAAUAUUUCUUGGGCGAUCAAACUCGGAAUGGGAACGCGGUCAUCUUUAGCUUCAUGCCAGAGGAUGCGCAUAGCGUGUUAGGGAAGGUUUGUUUGACAUAUCUCUGCUAUGAUGGUAUCGAUGGUCCUCCAUUCGAUGUCGAGGAUAGCGAGGCAGACGAUAUCAGCUUGGGGGAAAUGGCCAGGAGAUUCAACGCCUAUCUUCCUCGCUACCCGCUUCUGAAAUACGCAGCUCGACAUUGGUGGGGCCACGUUAUUCAAUCCUCUUUUGACUCAGAGGUUUAUGAAGCACUGGAAACAUUCUGCACCUCAUCAAAAUGGACAAUCCGAUGGCUUCAAAUAAUAGGUCGAAAUUAUGGGUUCAUGUGUGCAGAGAGGUCCAUGAAAGAUCUGCUGGGAAUUUCCGCCAUCGGGGAGCUUCUUCCACCAUCAGAUCGAUUUUUCAAAGAUUGGCUGAAGCCAUUUGAAAGACCACAAACUUUCCGGCUCAGCCUUAAUAGGUGGCAAAAAUAUAUGGUUGGCUUAGAGUGCCUUCCCGGCAUCCACGUGGCAGCCUUCUUCGACAUGCAUGAGGUAGUUGAGCAAUAUCUCGAAUCUGGGUUCGAUGUGAACCACCGUUCUUUUCACCAACAAACGCCUCUAUAUGCCGCAGUGCAAGGCUGCUCGUAUACAACCAUGAAGCUUCUUCUAGCCCGUGGAGCCGAUGUGGACGCAACGGAUUGUUGGGAUGAUACACCUUUGAGGGCCAGCGUGGGAAACUUUCGCUGGAGGCUGCUACACCCUGUGCCCUAUACAAGCAGUCAUAUUCUAUUGGAGGCAGGAGCGGAUCCUUCAUACGGCAGUGGCAAGAUGUUUACGCAUUUGCUCGAAGUCUGUCCCCCAUGGGACCCAUAUUGUCUGGUAUUAGCCUCGGAAAUGCUAUAUAAAGGUGCUGCAGCUACUAUCAAUCAGGGCCAUCCAAUUACACCGCUUCAGUGGGCUGUACGGUGGAGAAAUGCUCCUUUGAUUCUCUUACUUUUGGCACAUGGAGCAGAUGUGAAUGCAGUUGGGCACGAGAACCAGACAGCCCUUCUACAGGCCUGCUCUGUGACAGCCCCGAAUGCAGCGGCAAUUGUGGAGACUCUUCUGACUGCGAAUGCUUCUAUUACCGCUACGUGCAACGAUGGUCGCUCUGCCCUACACUUGGCUUCUAGGCACACUGAAUCGGUCGCUACCCUCUUGUUAGAGGCAGGGGCACUAAAGAAUCUUCAGGCCAAGGAUGGAUGCACACCACUUCACGAUGCAGUUGUGGAAGGUAAUCAAGACAUCAUCAAGCUACUGAUUGCUCAUGGGGCCUCGCUGGAUGUGGUUGAUGAUGAACAACGGACCCCCCUAGACCUUGCACUUGAGUGUCAACAAUCUGAAGCUAUGCAACUCCUUGAAAAUAAUGGCGCUUCCUUCGGGGAUUCAUCAAAUCCAGAUCAACGGAGUCAAGCUCUUCGGCUCGAAGAAAGAGAUAUUUUUGAAGUUUACUUCAUUCUCCGAGGCUGUGGAAAUGAAGGCCUUCCUCGUCACAUCAUACGCAGCAUACUGGACUAUGCCAAAUAUUGGAUAGUCACGCGAGACUCUCGGAAAGAUCAGAUUUCACUUUUUGAGGAAGACUGUCAGCGAAAUACUCCAUACUUGGUGUCUCACCCCAUCAAUGGAUCUGUCAAGGAAAUUAGAAUUUCUAUCUGGAGUCAUGACCAGGGCUUCAGCAGCUACCCCGAGAAUCAGGGGACAUUCGAAAAUUCCCAGACAUGGUUUGACCUUGGAGUUCAAAGAUCGUCAGGAAAGGUUGACCAUUUGUUGCACCGUUUGGUGACAAACGUGCAUGCGAGCGUCAAGUUUAGGUGCUAUAGAGUUCUAUACCGACGAGCAAACCCGUCGCAGUGUCCGCCCUGGAUUGAAAGCCUGAAUUUCGGUGACAUGCUUUUGAUCAUCCCGAAGGCCAGAUACCCGGCUUGGAGAAAUUUCGUACGUGCGGCGUCCAUUGAGAUAUGUACUUCGUGUUAUUGA